CUCAACGAGUACACACAUUCACCACCAUAGGCAGCCGAAUUUCUCCUUUUACAAGGCUUGCCCGCUGAGUUUCUACAACUCUCCCUCCUCCCAACUUCUCUCUAUCUGACAGUCAAGAAAACUCGCUGUACCACACGCGAAAAAAAAACUGCGAAAUGGGUGAACCACUUGUCAGCGUCAUUUGCACGGCGAAUAUUCCGUCUGCUAUUCUUUCCGCAAUCCUGACCAACACCUACGACAACGACCCCGACUGCGAGCCAGCUCUCAUUUUCCUCUCCACGAUUAGCAAAUCCGACUGGGAGACCUACACUCUCGACUCCGCCACUCAGACCCCAGUCACUGAGUCCUUUAUCUCGCCUUUCGUCGGAAUGACCGUGCAGCAAGUUGCCGGAUGUCUGCGUGCGAAUGCCUCCGGUACUCUGCUUAGUGAGACGUACUUUUACAUUGCAGAUGAGCGGACCGCUACAGAUCAGACGUUGCUGCUUGUGGAGAUUGAGGGGGAGGGUAUUGAGGGAUUGCGAAGCGUGAGAGUUGCUGGGGAGUGUGCAAACCCGGAUGGUGUUGCAUUGACCGUGGGCACAAUUGGUUUUGAGGAGAUUGAGAGCUUGGUUGGUGAUGAUGGGGUUUAUCAUGGAUGAAGCUGUUUCUUGGUUUUGUUUCUUUGCGUUGUGAUUUUGCUUUACGAUAUUAUGUAUGGGUUGUUGAAAUGAGAACAGUCGUUGCAAUCUGCCCUACGUGUCGCAUAAAGUUAUAGGCUAUAUCUCCGUGAUAGAAUAUCCGAAUAUGUCGUGAGUUAAUUGAAAUCAAGCUUAAGCUCAAGCUUUAUUCGAG